CAUAGAAGUAAAUUUCAGUAUCUUAUUUAUUCUUAAUGUUCCUUCAUCAUCAGUGUUACACGAGUGAACGAUGAGGAGAGGAACCAGAAAAGAGAAGAAAAAAGAAGAAGAUGAAGUUGAACAAAUGUUACGAGCUGCACAAGACGAAAUUCUCUUAAACCUCUCCAUCAAUUCCCACUUAUCUCGUCCAUCACCAUCUUCUUCUUCUUCAACAAUUCUCAAUUCCAAUUCCAAUCCCGAUCCUGAUUUGGAUCUCGAUCUUGAGCGUCGAUUUCAAGCCUUAAAAACGAAAUCCAAAGAACAAGGACCGUUGGAUCUCUCUGCCAGAUUCGAUGCUCUCAAGAACAAAUCUAAUCAUUCAGGGAACGCUGCUGUUACUGUCUCUGCAUCGGAAACUUAUGAAGAAAGUGAUGAAGAAGAUGAAGAAGUUCAAAUUCAGAAAUUGAUUGAAUGGGCUAAAGAUGCUGCGCGUCUUGAUCCUUCUCCUCCUUCUCCAUCUGUUUCCGAUAACGAUGACGAUGAUGUCGACGACGGCGACGACGAUGAGGACGAUGAUGAUCACCGUAAAUCAGUCAAAUAGUUUUAUUUUAUUUUCAUAAUCAUUUUAAUUUUGGUUUUUUUUUAAUGUAGAUAUGCUUUUGUUAGUUCUUUAGAUUCUUAUGUGUAUUAUCCCUUUUGUUAAUAACCAUUCGAGAUUGUUGUGGUA